AUGAAUUUUUCCAAGAAAAAACAUAAAUUAACAAUUCCAUUUCGUUUACAGUUCUUCUCUAAUAUUCUUUGUAUUUUUAUCGUUUUAGCUCUUUCAUUCAAUCAGCCAAAGUUUUCUUCAACAGCCACUUGGAAUUCAAAUGGAAUUACCAUUGCUAAUCAAUCGAUUGUUGGUCAAAAUCUUAACGCCAUUUUUGUGAACGUAAACAACACAAUUUAUGUUGCAAAUCAAAAAAAUAACGCAAUUCUAAUAUGGCAUGAAGAGAGUGUCAAUCCAACAGAGAUCAUCGCCGGUAAUUUUAUAACACCCUAUUCUCUCUUCGUGACAUCAAAUGGUGAUAUUUAUAUUGAUGAUGGUCUUGAGAAUGGACGAGUGCAGAAAUGGAUAGCAGAGACAAAUAUCUCUGUUACCGUGAUGAAUAUCAGUUCAGAAUGUUUUGGUAUGUUUGUCGAUAUCAAUGAUACUCUUUAUUGUUCAAUGCCUGAUGAUCAUCAAGUGGUGAAAAGAUCAUUAAAUGAUGCUCUGAUGGCUCCAAAUCGUGUUGCUGCUGGAACUGGUAUUGAAGGAUCAGCCUCGAAUCAACUUGAAAGUCCUCGUGGAAUUUUUGUCGAUGUGAAUUUUGAUUUAUAUGUAGCAGAUGGUAACAAUGCUCGAGUUCAGUUGUUCCGGUCGGGAGAGGCAAAUGGCAUCACAGUAGCUGGAAGUACAUCCCUAAAUCCAACUGUUAUACUUCAUGGUCCAAGUGGAGUUAUAUUAGAUGCUGAGAAAUAUUUAUUCAUUGCAGAUCAGAAUAACCAUCGUAUUGUUGGUUCAGGCUUGAAUGGUUUUCGAUGUUUAGUUGGAUGUUAUGGUAGGGGUUCACAAUCCAAUCAAUUGGGUAAUCCAUUUGGUUUGAGUUUUGAUAGUUUUGGAAACAUAUUUGUUACUGAUUCAGCAAAUAAUCGAAUUCAAAAGUUUUUACUGAUGAAAGAUUCUUUUGCUCUUUCAUUCAAUCGGCCAAAGUUUUGUCCAACAGCUACUUGGAGUUCAAAUGGAAUUACCAUUGCUAAUCAAUCGAUUGUUGGUGAAGAUCCUAACGCUAUUUUUGUGAGUACAAACAACACAGUAUAUGUCGCUAAUAAACAGAAUAACACAAUUGUAAUGUGGCAAGGAGAGAAUGUCAAUCCAACAAAGACCAUUGUCGGUAAUUUUACAAAACCAUGGUCUCUCUUCGUGACAUCAAAUGGUGAUAUCUAUAUUGAUGAUGGUGUUAAGAAUCGUCGAGUGCAAAAAUGGAGUGUAGAAACAAACAACUUUUCCACGGUGAUGAAUGUCGACUCCUUAUGUGAUGGUUUGUUUGUCGAUAUCAAUGAUACUAUUUAUUGUUCAAUGCAAUCUCAUGAUCAAGUGGUGAAAAGAUCGUUAAAUGAUUCUAACACAACUCCAAACCGUAUUGCUGCUGGAAAUGGUAUUGAAGGAUCGGCCUUGAAUCAACUCAAUGGUCCUCGUGGAAUCUUUGUUGAUGUGAAUUUGGAUUUAUAUGUGGCAGAUUAUAACAAUCAUCGUGUUCAGCUAUUUCAGUCAGAAGAAUUAACUGCCAUCAUCGUAGCUGGAAGCACGUCACUAAAUCCAACAAUUACACUUUUUCAUCCAACUGGAAUUAUAUUAGACGUUGAGAAAUAUUUAUUCAUUGUGGAUUCUUUCAAUCAUCGCAUUGUUGGUUCAGGCUUGAAUGGUUUUCGAUGUUUAGUUGGAUGCUAUGGAAGAGGUUCACAAUCCAAUCAACUAUUUUAUCCAUCUAGUUUUAGUUUUGAUCAUUCUGGAAACAUGUUUGUUACUGAUACAACAAAUCAUCGAAUUCAAAAAUUUAGAUAUUUAAAAAGAUAUUGUGUGAAUACUUUCUCGGUUCUUCAAAAUAUCUAUUCAUCAUCAUUGACUGAGAGCAAUCAAAUGUACUACCGAGAUUGUCAGAACGAAAACUUUUACUACGAAUCUAUUCAAGUGAAGGUAAACGAAAGUGGUUACUAUAGUUUUCGUGGUAGUGGUGACAUCGAUCCAUAUGGAUCGAUUUACAAAGCCAAAUUUAAUCCACUUGAUUCAUCAGAGAAUUUGUUCGAUCAAGAUUAUGAUCGUUGCUCUGAUCUUCAGUUUAAACUUAAUAUUUAUCUUGAAGUUGGCAUGACAUACGUACUGAUUGUGACAACAUAUGAAUCAAACGAAACUGGAAAUUUUUCAAUCGGUGUAAUGGGUAAAAACCAAGUUAUUCUCGAGCGUCUUAGUACUCCAGUAAAUAUUCAAUUGAAUUAUUCAUCAAAAUUAACUGAUGAUAGUCCAACAUAUUAUCGAGAUUGUCAAAUACCACAAUGUCAUUAUGAAACAUUACAAAUUCAUGUCAAUACAACAGGUUUGUAUGUUCUUUGGAGUGAAAGUAAUAUUAAUGCAUAUGGAUAUAUCUACCAAAAUGAUUUCAAUCCUCUAAAACCAUCCGAAAAUUUACUCCUGUCACAUGGCGGUGAAUGUAAUGAUGGAGAGUACAAGUUAAUCAUCGAUCUUGAGAUCAACACUCGAUACAUAUUAGUUGUGACAACACAAAACCCUAAGAAAAUUGGAGACUUCUCUGUUGUUAUCUCUGGACCAGACAAUAUCAGUCUUAGUUCUUUCAGUCCAAAAGAAAGUAGUUGUGUCAUCGGUGAUCAAUGUAACUUUUAUAUCAAAGGAAUUGGUCUGACACUUGAUGAUAUUUUACGAAAUGAACUUAAACCAAAUACAGUGUUGAAUAAUCAAUCAUUUUCGAUUAAAUUAAGUGCGGCUUUAACAAUAAUUAUGUUUGUUGCAGGAUUAAUCAAUAGUAUUCUUUCUUUUAUUACAUUUCAAAGUAAAGAUUCUCAACAAGUUGGAUGUGGAAUGUAUCUAUUGGCAUCAUCGAUUACUUCUCUUUUGGCAAUUAGUAUGUUUAUAGUCAAAUUUUGGUUUGUUGUUCUCACUCAUAUCAAUGUGUCCACUAGUCUCUCUGUUCUUCGUGGAGGUUGUGCAUCUAUUGAGCCAAUUCUAAAACUUUUUCUCUACUUGGAUGGUUGGCUUAAUGCUUGUGUAGCAGUUGAACGAGCAGUACUUAUUCUUAAAGGAGUAAAAUUUGAUAAGACAAAGAGUAAAUCUAUUGCUCGACGAAUAAUUCUUAUUUUACCAUUCUGUAUUGUCGGUACUCUUAUUCAUGAGCUCGCAUUUCGCAGAUUGUUCGAAUAUGAAACAGGACUAGAUAAGAUGGAUAUGAAUAAGACUAAUGAAGACACAAUCAAGCGAUAUGUCUCAUGCAUCACUCAUUAUUCUGCUUUUGUCCAAGAUUACAAUACAGCCGUUCUAUUUUUUCAUCUUGUUGGCCCAUUUAUUGUUAAUCUUUUCUCUGCAUUGUUCAUCAUCUUUGGAGGUGCUCGACAACGAUCAAUGGCACGAAUUAACCAAAAUUUUAAGGAACAUGUUCAACAACAAUUCCGUGAACAUAAACAAUUGAUCAUUAGUCCAAUAGUUUUACUCGUUUUGUCAAUACCUCGUCUCAUCAUUUCAUUACUUCCUGGUUGUGUGAAAACAUCUGAAAACUUAUGGUUGUAUCUUGGGCCAUAUUUCAUUUCUUUUACUCCUUCGAUGCUCAUCUUUCUUAUCUUUGUCUUUCCUUCAGAAUUGUAUAUGAAAGCGUUUAAACAAGCGUUCAAUCGUAUUCGAAGGCGUACUCCUCCCUAA